GGGUGCUGAAGAGAGAUUUAUGCAAGCUGCAUCCCGUUCAGUACCUUGCUGAUAUAUGGAGAUUCCAAGUGUUCAUGAGCUGUAACCAAAGGAGAGCAAAGAUGCGAGAUAAGCAGGUGCAGCAUGAGUCGCCGAUUUUCAGAUUAAACUUCCUGUCAUAAUUGACUUACCUUGCAGACAAUAUGGUGACCGAUCUGACUUUUCGUUCUAACUUCUCAGGAAUGGCUACUGAUUUAUUUGGUAUUCAUAGAACCAUCUCUGCCUUGUUGGAGAAAGAAGGGAUAGCCAUCAUUAGAGGGCUAGAAAGUAAAGGUUCUGUUCAGAAACUAGCCGAAAUAUUGCUGAAAGCUAGUGGGCAAAAGCUUUCCAGUGACAUCUUGCUAGAGCCAAUGGACAAAUACUCCAAGCAUAAUAGCAAGGAAUCAAUUCGGAGAACAAUCAUGGAACAUGAUGAGGUCUUCAGACAGCAGGUGCAUGAACUGCACCGGCUAUACAGUGUACAAAAAUCACUGAUGGCUCAAUUAGGUGGAGUGAAGCAUAGUUUCCAAUUCAGAACAGAAGAAAAUCAAGAAAUGGUGCAGAGCCAGAGGCCAAACCUCAAGAAUAGCCCCUGUACAUCAGAGGCCAGUCAAUGUGUUCAUCUUGGUAACGCACAAUACUCUGCUCCCCAACAAGUACCAGAACGUCCAUUUAUUCAAGAAUGCAAGCCAGCAUCAUGCCUAAACCUCUUCACUGAAGAAACUUCAAGAAACCAAGAAGGAAGAUCAGCAAGGGGUAAAUCAGUUGAAGGUGAAAGUUGGAGUGCUUCUAUGGAAAGUGAUCUCGACCUCAAACUAAGCAUUGCCCCCAGUUCACAUGUAACAAAAGCACCACAUUGGCUCUUCUCAUCAGGCAGAAGGGAAAGGAAGUCUUCUGGCCAGCAUCGAUGACAACGAACUGCAUUGUAGGUCAGUUGCUAGAUGCUGCAAGAGCAAAGAAUCGUCAGUCUGUGCCUGGGCACCCAAAGUAUCCCUGCAGUGGACCGCAAGAGUUUCAAGAUAUCUGUCAAGAAAUCGUAUCUCCACGGUAUGCUGCCUUCAAAUUUUGAACAGAAUUAUGCCUGGGCCAUGAGUACUAUGUUUGCAAAAAUCUAGAUCUUCUCAGGCUGCCAGGCACAAGGACUUGCUAGGAGCAACACCAAAGUAAUGCCAAGACAGCGAAGUAUUGGCAGUUAUUCAGUUCUUAUUUGUCCUCCUCAAACUGAAAGACACAACAGCAAGUAGGAAUGACCUGACUUCGGUCCUCAUACUGCAUAGUUAUUUCACCAAUGCCCCAAAAGGAUUCCUAAAAAAACUGCCCUAAAAGGGCUCUGGCUAACCUACAAUUGUCAGUUGCUUCGUGGAUUGCAUUUGUAUGUCAGUCCGUGUCAUCCGUGUAAUGUUUUCAGUAACAUAUUUUUUAAUCAAUUAUGGAGAUUUUUGCGAUCGUA